AAUGGCAUCACUGAAAGUCAGUGUUGCAUUGCUCUUCUGCAUGCAAAUUUUCGCUGCUGCGAUUGCGGCUGGUGCAUCCGUUGUAACACUUACAGAUUACAAAACUUGCAAGACCGAUGUUAAAAGCUACAUGUCCAUGGACUUCAAACCUGGCGACAAGACGUUCAACGUCGACAUAGACACACCCGCUGAAGUCAAUAAGAUGUUCAACUUCAAUAUAGUUAUUGAUAAAUGGACUGGUACUUCUUGGAAGAAGAACAUCUUCUCAAACACCGGUCAACUUUGCGAGUACAUAGAGAAGUCCUCUGAUAAGUUUAUUGAUAAACUCACGCAGCUCAGUAAACCGAAGAUCGAAAGGAAAUGCCCGUGGAAGAAGGGAAGUUACAAAAUAGUCAAAUUUCCUACAGUUUUCAAUUCGAAGGAAUACAACUUUCCUACUAUAAUCAUGGGGAAAUUUCGCGUGAACGUUAAAGUUCUCAAAGGGAAGAGCGUUGUUGCUUGCAUGGUUUUGGAAGCAGAUGCCGCAAUGAAAUAGAGUUCGCAUUGUUUUAUGUAGUUCUGUAUAAAAAAAGUGCUUUUAGCAGUAAUAAAAUGCUUCUAAUUGUAACUACUUAUAAAAAGUUCUCUGAAAACACACAUCAUCAUCAACGGGAUUUUAUUAUUUUGAGUAUCUACACGAUUGUAGAAAGUUUUAUA